AUGUUUUCCGAACUUGCUAUACUGGUGUCUCUUCUUCUGACAAGUAGCUUUGGAGCCACAGAUGAUAAUUUUGGUUUUAUCUACAAUGGAUUCCAAUCAGCUAAGCCAAUACUCGAUGUCGAUGGUAUAGCCAACUUCACCGCCAAUGGUCUUUUGCAGCUUACCAACGAAACCCCUGUAGAAAAGGGUCACGCCUUCUACUCUCAUCCGAUUUCCUUCAAGAACUCAUCAAAUGGCACCGCUUUCUCUUUCUCUACAACUUUUGUUUUCGCUAUCCACCCUAGAAUUGAGGGUCAUAGCGGCCAUGGUUUGGCUUUCGUCAUUGCACCAACAAUUGGUCUCCCACAUGCUUUUCCGAGUCAGUACCUCGGCCUUUUUGACGAGAGCAACAACGGAAAAGCCAGCAAUCAUGUGUUCGCUGUAGAACUCGAUUCGAUUGAGAAUAAGGAGUUUAAUGACAUCAAUGAUAACCAUGUAGGAAUUGAUAUUAAUGGAUUGAAGUCUGAAAUAUCAAAUUCAGCAGGUUAUCAUGACAAUGAAACUGGUCUCUUUACGAGCUUGUUGCUUGCUGGUGGUCAAAGAAUGCAGGUUUGGGUGGAAUAUAAUGGUGAGAAGCAAAUUAAUGUUACUUUAGCUCCAUUCAACAGUGGUAAGCCCAGUAAUCCACUUCUUAAUUUGUCGAUUGAUCUUUCACCAAUUUUUAACAAAAUCAUGUUUGGCUUCUCAUCGUCCACUGGUUCGUUGUUAGUAUCUCAUUAUGUUUUGGGUUGGAGUUUUAAAAUGAAUGGACAAGCAGAGAAACUUGCACUCUCUCAGCUUCCCCGAAUUGGUCCCAAACUGAAAUUAAAGUUUAUGACAAUUGGGCUCCCUGUAAUUUUUGUAAGCUUGACUUUAGCUGCAGUGUCAGGUGUGGUUUAUGUGAUAAGAAGGAACAGAAAGUUCGCUGAAGUGCUUGAAGAUUGGGAGCUUGAAUAUGGGCCUCAUAGAUUCAAAUACAAAGAUCUUUAUUUCGCCACCAAAGGAUUUACAGAAACAGAGCUAUUAGGUAGUGGUGGAUUUGGCAGGGUGUACAGAGGUGUACUACCCAACUGUAAACUAGAAAUUGCCGUGAAGAGAGUCUCUCAUGAAUCAAGACAAGGAAUGAGAGAAUUUGUGGCUGAAAUUGUUAGUAUUGGUCACAUGCGUCGCCGGAAUUUAGUACCACUCUUGGGUUAUUGCCGGCGUAAAGGAGAGCUGCUUUUGGUGUAUGACUACAUGCCUAAUGGAAGCCUGGACAAGUACAUCUAUGACCAAACAAAUGUCACACUGAAUUGGAGACAACGAUUUAGUGUCAUCAAGGGGGUAGCUUUAGGCUUAUUGUAUCUACAUGAAGAAUGGGAACUAGUUGUCAUUCACAAAGAUGUGAAGGCCAGUAACGUUUUGCUUGAUGGUGAAUUCAAUGGAAGACUAGGUGAUUUUGGGCUCAGAUUGUAUGACCACGGAACUGAUCCACAAACAACUCAUGUGGUUGGUACUGUUGGCUACCUCGCCCCAGAGCACGCUCGAACAGGGAAGGCCACUAGAAGUACUGAUGUAUUUGCUUUUGGUGCCUUUCUGCUCGAAGUUGCCUGUGGCAGAAGGCCAAUAGAGCCACAAUCGCCGACAGAUGAAACUGAGAUUUUGGUUGAAUGGGUUUUUGGUUUUUGGAGUGAAGGUAAAAUUAUUGAGGCAAGGGAUCAGAAAUUGGGAACAGAUUAUGUCGCCGAGGAGCUAGAGUUAGUGUUGAAACUUGGGUUGAUGUGCUCUCAUUCAGAGCCCCCAGCUAGGCCAAGCAUGCGACAAGUUGUGCAGUACUUGGAGAAGGAUGCUCCUUCGCCAGAGUUAUCAGCUCUAGAAAUUUCAGACAGUGGCCUAAGAUUUGCGCAUUCGGAAGGUUUUGAUGACUUUGUAGGCUCGUUUCCAUCUUUAAUGGGCAUAACACCAUCGACUUCUAUUGCAGAUUCAAUACUUUCAGGUGGCAGAUAAGGUUGCAUCGUCAAAUUAUUGGAGAUAUAAUGAUUUUUUGCUGUAAUAUUCUUUGUAAUAUAUUCUCAGUUGUAGCUGUG